AUGGGCAAGUUAACCAACCUGCUUAAGAAGAAGAAGUCCAAAGGCGAUGACCUAAGCGGCCAGCUCACAGUCGGGUCAACCAUGACUAGCUCUUCAGCGUCGUUCGAAACCAGUGGCGUCCCAGCAGCACCGUUUGCCUCUGUUCCUGUAGUCACUCCACUAUCACUGAGUAUACCAACCACGGGGAUGACGACCACAACCGAACUACGAUCGCCGUUCUCGUUGAUGGACGAUAUCAUGGAUGAGCUCGCCGGUACUACACCCGACACUCCUCAGCCCUCACAUUCGAGCGACCUCAGCGACUUAGGUCUCGCGUUCGAACUCUCCCGCCAGCUGGAUAUCAACGCAUCAGAAGCGAAAACUAGCACGGGGCGCCCUGGGAACGGAGUCCAAAAGGUCGUUGGCAAGCUGGAGCAGAAUAGAGCGUUUAAGGACAAUGCCUUCCUGCAGCAGGCGCGGUCUGGCGCUGGCGUUGGCGGAGGUUUGAUGCCACCUACUCCGCCAGUAUCGGGGGGUGCCCCUUUUCGGUCGACAUUCAACAAUAGUUCGACAGCGCACGGGAAUCAACAACCGACAACUACCACUACUGCUGCUGCUACUGGGACGACGACGACGAACACCAACGCACCAUCAUAUUUGCGGAGUCGAUUCCAAACCACCAAGGAGGCCGAGGAAGAAGAGAAGGCACAAGCAGCAGCCAGACUGCGAGAGGCGUCCAGGAAGGCGAAUGCUCAGUUACCGAGUGACGACGAAGGGAGUGAUGUCUCCUCCGAGGAGGAUUCUGAUGAUGAGCAGCGUGGGUUUAAGAAGCAGCAGCGGCUUUUGGCACAGCAACAGCAUCAGCAUCAGUUGUUUUUGCAGCAGCAGGCGAUUUUGCAGAAUGAGCUUGCGGGGGUCAAGGGUGGUGAGAUGGGGGAUGGAGAGGUGGAAGUGAAACCGGUUGUGAUUAAUCAUGAGGCGGUGAUUGAUAGGAUGAAGGGUCGCCAUCGGGCGCUGUUGCAGGGCGCUCAUCAUCAUGCUGCCAGGGAGGAGAAUUACGAAGAUUACAGGGACGAGUAUGCGAUGCAGCAGCAAGGGAUGGGCAGCAGUGGUGGUGGUGGCGCGGCGAUGGCGUAUGGUAUGCAGUAUGGCAGUAUGGAUCCUUCGAUGAUGUAUGCUGACGACUAUCAACUUCAGCAGCAGCAGCAGCAACAGUUGUAUUAUCCUCAGGGCGGUAUCCAUGGUCAUCCACACGCCAAUGCGGCUUACAACCACCCCUCGGUCAUGAACGGGAUGGCCCCCGGGUACGGUUACGCCCACCCUCCUGCAACUAUGCCUUCUUACGCCUCAGGAAUGCAGAUGCCUAUGUACCACCAUAACCAGUACUUUCAGGGAGGUGGGGGUCGAGGAACGCCGACGCCGGUGAUGUCGCAUCAUAUUAUGCAGCAACAGCAGUUCCAGCAGGGGGGUUGGUCCAACUCUGUGGUCUCAGAUGGGUCGUCCCUUCCGAACUCGUCUCGUCGCGGAUCGAUCCAGCAUAGCGUUGUUUCUUCUGCUCGCGUUUCUGAGGAUUCUUGGAACGAGGCUUCUCAACAGCUUCAACAACAGCACCAUCAUCAUCAGCUCCAGCGUUCCAUGUCUGCACAGUCGACACAGAAGACGGCGGAUAGCGAUAGUGGAUACUCGGGUGUGGCUUCGGACCAAGGAAAGCAUACCUCAUUUGAUGACUCGUUGGAGGAUAUCCAGACGACUGUUGGGUCCGAGUAUGAAAAGUCGUCGUCGACGGGCACCAAGAGUAAGGUGGACGAUGUUGCAAAGGUGAUUGCUGUCCUGUCGAUCUCUCAAGCUGCCGCUGCCGAGAAGGACAGCGAUGGUGACGAUGAGGAUGAUCAGAGCUCUGACGAUGACAAGUCUGAAGGAUCGGAUUCGGAUUCAGAACGGGAUGAGGACCCAGAGUCGUUGAAGGGCAGCACAAUAAUCGACUCGAUCCGCCACAGUCAUAGUCAGUUCAAGGGCGGGAUUACUACCGGAUUCUCGUCAUCUCCGUCGGCAGCUGCCAGCAACAAUGGUAGCAACGAGAAUGAGAACGAUAACGAUAUCGAUUCUUCGGACGAUGAUGAUCAGCCGAUUAUCUUGAGCAGGCACAACAGUGCGCGAGGAAACUUCCUGCCUGCCGCUGCCGCUGCCGCUAGCGCAGGUAUCAGGAUCUCCGCCGAGGAGGCUGUGAUGAUGUCCGGCCCCCAGGUCAUGCAGCAAGUACCAGUGCCGACGAGUAAUGGCCAGAUGCAGUACAUGUCCGCGAUGAACAUGUACCAGCAACAGCCCAUGCACGUAUCCUACAUGCCACCUCAACAACAACAAUCCCAACCGCAACAACAAGCAUACAUCUCCAUGGGAUAUCAGUUCCCAGGCCCACAACCAGGACCCAUGGUCCCCCACCACCAACACUCUUACUCUGUCGACCGCGCCAUGCCACCCCCAUCGAUGGUUUCGCAAGGCCCCGUCGCCCGUCGUGUCAACCCCGCCAGCGCCUCCAAGGGUCAUACGAGCACAGGCUCCUCUGGUUCCGCGAUCCAGUCACAGUACCCAAUCCCAGCCACCACGCUCCUCCACCCUGGCCCCCGUCGGUCCCAAUCAGUCCGUGCCCGUCCUCAGGCCACGAGCCCCAUCAACUCCAACACGAACCCUGCUGCAGCGCAGGGUAACGGCCAAGCUGGGCGCGGAAGGAGUAGUAUCGAUUUCGUACGUCUCCCAAAUAACGGGUACCAAAGUAUGAUCAGCGGCCCCAUCAACGGCCCCGACUUCACCUCUUCCGGUAACUGUACAGGACCCUAUACCCGCGGGUAUACCGAACCCCUCUCCUCACCUCCACUACAACUCCAGCAACAUCAACAACAGGCACUACCCCCACAUCUGCAACAACACCACCAACAGAUGGAAAAGCAGCAAUUGCAGCAGGGGUACUUUAUGAGCGGUCCGAUGCCUAGUCAAUACGGGUACAUGAUGCAAACCGGCGUCGGCGUCGGUGUGGGUAUGGGUGUCGGUGUGGGGGGAGAUCCAUACUCGGCACAUCCUCAUCAGCAACAGAUCCUUCAAGCCGGCCGGCGGUGA